UGCAUCCAAUGAAAGUGUCAAUGGGCAGCGCAAGAUCUUAUGGUCAAAUGUUCGCUCGAGUGGGAAUACUUUUUAUUCUUCUGACAUGCUUUUGGUGUGCUACGGCACGUGGACCUUGGUUCAACGGCUGGUGUACACGGAUCACAGACCUGGAGCAGGGCAGAACGCUGACUCUUAUCCUUGGCUCAUUUCAGAGCUCUGAGACCUGGUCUCAGGUAUAUGCAGCACUCCUCGUUAGCGAAAAUGGCCACGUUCGCUCGGAGCAGGUUUUGCUGGAUCCAGCUAAUGUCACAAUGCAUCGUGGGGACAACUUGGUCACGAAGUUGACUAAGGGCGACCAAGAUCAUAAUUUAUGGACUUUGCCAAUCGGGAGUUUCCGGACCAAUGUCUCGAUCUCCACCAUGGAUUUUCUUUUUCCCUCCGGCUGGCGCUUCUCUGCACGGCUCGAAAAUGCUGUGCCCUGGAGCCCAGAGGGCUGGGUAGGGCACUUGCCCACUUCAAUGAUGCCAACGCACUAUUUUGUUCGCAGUCUUCACUCAUCGACUGAGUAUGAGCUUGACAAAGUCUCAGGCAAAGGCGUUGCUCAUCAGGAGAUGAACUAUGGUCGCCGCUUUCCGGUGGCCUUCACUUGGGUACAGGCUACGGAUGGUGGACGCAUCCAGAUGCUGCUCACAGGCGGCAAGUUCACAAUUUCUGGUGUCACUUCCGAGCACUUUAUUUUGACAUACCGCUCCAAGGAGCGGCAUUGGACCUUUCGAAGUAUCGACCUGCAUCGUUUCCAGGCGAAGGUGGAGCCCUGCAACGGCACCUUGGCCUUGACGGCCUUCGCUGGCGUCCGCCGCUUGGAGCUGAUGAUCUCAGCGCGCCCUGAGAGUUUUUCCGAAAACAUUUUCGUGCCAACGACCAGUGGCUUCAGCCAAGACCCAGGCAGCUCUGAAAGCCAUUCAGCUUUGGCAGUGGUGCGGCUCUACGAUAGAAGGAGUCAGCGUCCAGUAGAGUAUGCCAUUUUUAGACAUGCAGCAUUGGAAUUUGGUGGCGAGUACAAUUGCAGAGCCAGGACAGCAAGUACUGCGACCACAGCCAUAGCCCCUGCCUUUGUGGUUCCGCAGAAGCUUCACACUCAGCAGCCUCGAGUGCGUCCUAUGAGAGAGGCCAGAGUUUCCAACUUGACUCGCCAGAGUCAUAGUCUGACUUUCGCAGCUGCGGCUGCUGCUGCCAUCGCAGGGUUCUUUGCAGCUCUUCGAACCAAGAAGCAGCGAUCGCUGCAGCAGGGAAUCGCAGAUUUCUACGAUGCCUCCACAGGUGUCUGGGUAGAGAUUUGGGGUGACCAUUUGCAUCACGGUUACUAUGAAGACAACUCUUGGAGGUCCUUGGAACAACAUCAAGAAGCGCAAGUACGAAUGAUCGAGGAGAUUUUGAGUUGGGCCGAAGUGGAAGCAGUGGAAGCACCCAAGUCUGUUUUGGACGUGGGAUGUGGUGUUGGUGGAUCCUCCAGAUUCUUGCAAAAGAAGUACGCUGCCAAAGUCACAGGCAUAACUUUGAGUCCAAAGCAGCGAGAGCAGGCAGCAAAUCUUUCAAUGAGAACAGGCCAGGAUGGAUUGUGUAACUUUGAGGUGGCCGAUGCAUUGCAGAUGCCCUUUGCUGACAACUCCUUCGAUUUGAUCUGGUCUCUGGAAAGCGGCGAACACAUGCCACAGAAAUCAAAGUUUAUGUCUGAGAUGCAUCGUGUGUGCAAGCCCGGCGGUCGAAUCAUCUUGGUGACCUGGGUUCACCGGGACCUGCAAAAUGGUGAAUCUUUACGACCCAAGGAACAACGCCUGCUGGAUCGGAUUAGCAAAGCAUAUCAUCUACCGGAGUGGUGUAGUAUUGCAGAUUACCGCAAAAUAGCAGCUGAAGACUUGGGAAUGACAGGCCUCAAGACGACGGAUUGGACGCAGUACAUCGCACCCUUUUGGUCUGCUGUCAUUCAAAGCGCUUUGCAACCCCGGGGCUGGUGGGCUCUGUUGCGAGGUGGUGCGGAGACUUUCCGUGGCGCUUUGGUGAUGCCUCUGAUGAAUCGAGGCUAUCGAACCGGAACCAUUCGAUUCGGACUACUCACAGGAUGCAAAGCUGUUCCAGGUUCAACCAGUGGCUCUACUUCAAGCGCAUCAAGCGCAUCAACUGCCCAAGCAGCGCUGCCGACUCUUGCAUCGAAGUUUGUGCGAAGAAAGCUGCGAUUCGUACCACGAGCCGCCUGCGGUCAGGUGGUAUCAUCAACAAGCACAACAUCAUCUUUGGAGAAUUUCCUGAAGCUGCCAAAGACCAUUUGGGACUUCACACGACCUCACACUUUGAUUGGCACCUUUUUGUCCAUCACCACUGUUCACCUCUUUGCAGUGGCGCCUGUCAUUGGGCAAACCCCAAAUUUGCACUUCGCCCAUUUCGCCCGUUUGACAUUGCAAGCUCUGGCACCUGCAAUGCUUGUGAACGUGUACAUCACCGGCCUGAAUCAGAUCUUUGAUGUUGAAAUCGACCAACAGAACAAACCUUAUUUGCCAAUCCCUUCUGGCCGGCUGUCACUGACCUCUGCUUGGAUAGUGGUGUUGUCCAGCCUGUUCUUAGCAGAGGCGAUGACAUUGUGCUGUCAGCCGCCUGGACUUCCGUACUUACAGUUGGCACUGCUGAGUUCUGCUAUACUCGGUAGCGCCUACUCUGCUCCCCCACUUCGGCUCAAACGUUUUCCCUUCCUGGCGGCCUUUAGUAUAAUUGUGGUGCGCGGCAUCGUGGUCAACAUGGGUUUUUACGCUUUCAUUGUGGAUGCUAUGGGCAUAGCAGGAGAAGUUCCAGCUGGCCGGAGUGUUCUGGCUGCGACCUUCUUCGCAGUGUUUGGUUUGGUUUUCCUGCAUGUUCACGCCGGGCCAAUCCAGGACGUGCCUGAUGUCUUGGGCGACCGCGCAAACCACAUACGCUCUUUGAGUGUCAGGAUAGGUCCAGCAAAGGCCUUGCGGAUUGCCAGCGCAGUGUUAAAGGUCCUCCUGAUUGCCACUGGCUUUGCAUUUGCAGUUGGUGCUGGAACAGCAGCAGGUUUACUCCGUGCAACGUUGCGAGGAGCCUUGGCAUUUGCUGCUCUCUUGUUCCUGAAACUGCUUCGGCACGAAGAGAAGAAGGUUGAUGCAGAGAAUCCAAAGCAAGUGUUCGACUUCUACAUGUUCGUGUGGAAGAUUUUUUAUGUCUCUUAUAUUCUGUUGCCGCUUGCCAUGUGAGUGAGCAAUUAUUAUGGUUGAUAGAUGUUGCGCCCACUCCUGAUGCGCAGCUAUCGUGGGAUGGAGAGCGUCAAAAGA